AUGUACAACAGCAAUGACAUCUGCCCAGGGCCGAAUCGCGAUGCUCGAGUCUCUCCCCUCCCCCUGAGGAUUUUUUCCCGUUUUGCUCUCAGAGCCAGCAGCGUCUUCGUCUUUAGUGGAAUCCGGGCUCCACUCUGCCCCUACCGUCCAUUUAACAAACAUCAGCAGGGCUGCAAAAUGGAGCGAGAGGCUGGGGAGCGGCCCUGGGAUGUGGAGAGACAUGUGCGACACCCGGGGAGAGCUGCUGUCCCGCCGGGCCCCGACCAGCCGGUCCAGUGCGCAGAGAACCAGGCAGUCGCUACUCCGUCGCCACGCGGAGGCGCUGCUCUCUGCCCGCAUCUGGGGGUUCUCGGCACAGCUAGGUGGGUACGACGACCUGACCCACUAGGUCAGGAGGCCUCCGCCGCAACAGCCGCCAACGCCUCCAGGAGCACCGAGCCUGGGCCACUGUGCCCAGUUUGCUGUUAUUUUGGAUGCUGCGUUAGGAUUGUGAGGAACCUCAUACAGGAAGGCAUCAUUAGGUACCCAGCACAGCCACACGUCCCUCGCGCGUCCUGUGGAGCAUGUGGCCCUGUGGCAGUGGCCUUUACACCAUGUCCUGGUGCUGUUUCACAGGGCCUGAAGGAGGGUGGCGAGAAGCCUCAAGGAGCGCGGACGGCAGACAAGUCUGGUUGGAUCAAGAAGAGCAGCGGGGGCCUCCUGGGCCACUGGAAAGAUCGCUACCUGCUCCUCCGUCAGGCCCAGUUGCUGGUCUGUGAGAACGAGGACGAGCAGAAGUGUGUGGAGACAGUGGAACUGGGCAGCUAUGAGAAGUGCCAGGACCUUCGUGCCCUCCUCAAGCGGAAACACCGAUUUAUCCUAUUGCGAUCCCCAGGGAACAAGGUCAAUGACAUCAAAUUCCAGGCACCCAGUGGGGAGGAGAAAGAAUCCUGGAUCAAAGCCCUCAAUGAAGGGAUCAACCGAGGCAAGAACAAGGCCUUUGACGAGGUGAAAGUGGACAAGACCUGUGCCCUGGAGCACGUGACGCGGGAUCGGGUACGGGGGGGCCAGCGGCGGCGGCCGCCCACCAGGAUCCACCUGAAGGAGGUCGCCAGUGCAGCUUCCGAUGGGCUUUUACGCCUGGACCUUGAUGUGCCAGACAGUGGCCCACCAGAGAUUUCGCUCAGCAGCGACGUGAGUGCGGCCCAGCCCCAGUCCCGGGCGGCACUCAUGCCUCCUACCAAGCCUUCCCCAGCAGCUGAGACCACCAGCCUCUGUGACAGCGUGGAGCUCCCUGCAGGGGAGAGGGCCCCAACCCCCAUCUCGGCCAGCACCGAGACCCGGCCCGAGAGCCCCUCAGAGGAGGACAGUGGGUCUGAGGGCCCCCCCAACAGCACCUUGCCUGACAAACUGAAGGUGAGCUGGGAGAACCCCAGCCUCGAAGAGCCUGCUGCUCUUGAGGAGCCCCCCACUCCUGAGGAGCCCCCUGCGCCCCCAAGUGUGGAACUGCCCCCUGGGCCCUGUUCGAAGNNNNUAUCGGAGAAAAUGAAGGCUUGCUUGAGCCGGGUGGAGGCUUCUGGGCCCACCCAGAGUCUGGGGACCCCUGAGCCCUCGGCCUCCACCCCUGCCCAGGUUUCCGUGAAUGGUGUGGAUGAUGGGCCCGAGUCCCCCAAGCCCUCCCGAGAUUUGGGCACCCCAGGAACUGCUCCAGAGGAGGCAGCAGUGUCCCCAGCACGGCCUCACCAGGACCUGUCGCCUCAUUUCCACCCCCGCUGCUCCUCCCUGGGGGACCUGCUUGGAGAUGGCUCCCAACAUCCUCGGCUGUCCAAGGAUCGGCUGUACCGAGCCCAGCUGGAGGUGCAGGUGGCCUCGGAGCAGACAGAGAGACUGCUGAGUGAGGUGCUGGGCAGCCAGUCGCCCCCAGUGAACACUGAGACCCUGCUGAGCCAAGCUGUGGAACAGCUGAGGCAGGCCACCCAGGUCCUGCAGGAAAUGAGGGAUUCGGGAGAGCCUGGCCAGGAGGCCCCUGGCCUCAGAGAGAAGCGGAAGGAGCUGGUGACGCUAUACCGGAAAAGUGCUCCGUAGGCUGUCCAGGCCCAGCCCUGCUGAGCAACGAGCAACGUGCUCUGCAGCCGGGGCUCUAAGAGGGCAUUGUGUGUGUAGGAUUUGGCCAGGACUGGAACAGACCCCCAGUAUCCCUGCCAUUCUGCCCAACUUGGUGCCAGGGACACUCAGGUCACUGUGGCUCUCUGGUCUGGCCUUGCCUCAGGGCUCUGGGCUGUGGCUGGGAGCACAUGCUCAGCCUGUGUGCCUCAAAGUUGUUCCACACCACACCAUGGCACCGGCACUGUGCUAGGGGCUCUGGGGGUGGCAUUGUCUCUGCUCCCCACCCCCAGUAGUUUACAUUCCUGACUUCGAAAUAGAGCACAGCUGAGCCCCUGAAGCCCCAUCUCUAAACACUCUGGGCUGACCACCUCCACCCACAGCUGCAGGGCCUGCUGGGCCUUGAGCAGGUGGGAAGCCUCUGGGUGGGGAAGCAUAGGCUACCUCGAGGCCCUCCCUGUGCCUGCUUCCUUUCCUGGUGCCCCCUCCCUUUGGGGCUAUGUUUGGAGGCUCAGGUCUGGGGGAUUUGUCCACUCCUGGACCAGCCUGUGUCCAGCCUUGCGUAUUUCGGGGGACUGUGGUCAGUAAGCAGACAGUGUGUGUGAUCAUCAUCAGUUCAGGCUUUAGGACACUCUCCCCUCCUGUGCUUCCUGGUAAGAUCCAGCAGGAUCUCUUGGUUCCUCCUUGGCCCAGACACCUCUGGUGUCCCUGUCAUUUCCUCACGUGCUGCCCCAGGCCCCUGGUGGGCUACCUGUCCUUAUUUCCCGUUGGGAGGAGCCUUUUCUUCCCAUGUUGCUCCCUUCCCAGUGCCCUCUGUCCAGUCCCUGGCUCUGGGAACACAUGUGGGCCUGGUGUGGAGCCUGGUUGCGGGGCAGGGUGUGUGUUUUGGGCAGACCUGGAGGUCUCUGCAUGUGCACUUUCAUUUACUGGAGGAGAAGGAGGUCGCUGCAGUGUGGUCUGCCUUUCUGCCACCGGUCGUGCCCACUGAGCCCUGCCAGUGUAGGCCACCACCAUCCCUGCUGUACUGUCACCUUGUUUUGGGGAGUUGUGGGCAAGGGAGGAGGGGCAGACCUGAGCCACACUGCCAUGGCUCACAAGCCCCCAGCAGCUUCCCCGGCCGAAGUCUUCCUGUCCCCUCUGUCCUGUAUUAGAGCAGGUCAUAGGCGUGUCACAGGUGCCCACUGUCACAUGAACCCUGCCAUCUUCUCUUAGGAAGAACCUUGUUCUACCAGCAGCUAAGUCACCUGCAUCCAAGAAUUGGAGCCUUGGUGUCCCCUGUCAGAAGGUGGCCAAGUGGCACUGCCUUCUGCCUCCUUGGGAAGGAAGCGUUCAGUGUCUUUUGCUUAUGAAAAGCCUUUCUUGAAAUUUAGCAAUAA